AUGGCAGUCAUUCGAUUCUUUGUCAUGGGAUUUGCAUCCCACCAAACGUGGGCUUCUGGCUAUCAGCGAGCCUCCACCAAACAUGAUGUUCGAAUCGAAGUUAUUUCAGGAGAACGAUGGAAAUAUCGAAUGAUGGCGGCGUGUGCCGAGUGGGAAGAGAAAAUUUCUCCUGAAGACGAUAUACUUGUGGUGGAUGGAAUGUUUGAUGUGACAGUUCUAAUGGCAAUAUUGCGGAGUCGAGGUACAAACGACCCAAACGCUAGAAUGCGGAUUCCCAAAGUCUACGUCUACUUUCAUGAGAAUCAAUUUACUACUCCAUUCACAAGCCAAGACCGAGAUAAGAAGAACAAUACUCACUGGCACUAUGGUAUGGCCCACUGGCGAUCAUUACUUGUCGCGGAUGGUUUCAUCUUUAACAGUCAGACACACUUCGACGCCUUUGCAGCUGCCUUGCCCAAAAUGAUCAACGAACAGUGUCCACGGGAUGCUGUGCAAUGGCAACUUCAACGAGCUGACUCGUUGCUGAAAACACGAUGCACAAUCCUACCUUAUGGACUCGAACUAGACGAACUGGUACAAUUCCAAAGUAAGAAGCGGUCGAGACCUACUCCUUCCUCCGAGCUGCCGCCUGUGGGCGAAGUAGCAGAAUUAUUGCCAGCUUUGGAAAGCGUCAAGAUUCUGUGGAACGCAAGGUUAGAAGAGGACAAGAAUCCCGCUGCCUUUCUGGAUCUGAUUCAUCAAAUUCGUAGACAAGUCAGGGAGGGGAAGGGCACCAACAAGACUGAUUCACAGUUACUCCCAAACUCCAACUGUCCGCCGAUACAGUUGAUUAUCUUGGGCACAGAUCCUUCCAAGGAUCGCAAAUGGGAGAAUCGAAUACGAAAAGAAUUCCCUCCCGAAAUGAUACUGUAUUUAGGAUGGUGCCAAGAUCGCAAAGAAUAUGCCAAGUGGUUGCAAAAGGCCCACAUUGUGGUCUCAACGGCCAAGCACGAAACCUUUGGAAUUUCCAUUGUGGAAAGCGUCUUUUCGGGAGCUCUUCCCUUGCUGCCAAACCGAUUAUCAUAUCCAGAAAUCUUUCCACCAGAAACCUUUGAACAAGAUCAUUUGUAUUCCAACACUCGUAAGGACGGUGUGGAGAAAUUGCUCCAUUUGAUGGAUAUCAUUCAAAAUGAUACUGCUGCCUUUGAUGUUGCAAAGGCUCGUGCCAAGACAGCUGUAUCAACCUUUCGUUGGGCCAUCAUGUCUUGCAUUUACGAUGAAUUCUUUGCGAGUCUAGCUGAAGGGGAUUCCAUUACGGAAGCAGGCAGUGCCGCAGCGUCGACAAUCAAAAAGAAGCAACAAUGUUUUCGCCCCGUUGCGGACGCCGAAACCACUACUACGACUGCCAGUAGUCAAGACUGUCAGGCAGAAACUUUGACUACCGCAGAGCCAAUCGUAAUAUCCAAUGCGGACGAUGAUAAAGUGGCGCUCUUUCGACCAAAGAGUCUACGAAACUACAACGAAUACAAUAGACAAGUCAAAGAGCUCCAAAAACAAGGAAUAGAGGCGGCUCUGCAUGGAGGACGUCGAACUACCGUACGAAUGUUAGAAGCCAUUUCAUUGGGUGCCAAAAUCAACCCCAUUUCAUUCUUGACCACACAAGAACUCGCCGACAAUCUGUUCAUGGAUGAUUCGUCCAAGAAGCAGCAGGUUCCGAUUCCAAAGGAGAUCCCACUCUAUGUCACCAAAGAAAAGAAGCUGCUGGACGAGAUACGAGGUCAAAAGUUGAAUACAGGCGACGCAGUCUUGUGUAUGAUCCAAUUCCCCAUUGCUUCUGAACUGCAAGAACUGAUUCAAAAUCCUCCCAUUCUCCUCUUUGACAAUGUUCGGAAUGCCGAGAAUUUGGGGAGCAUUUUACGGACUGCCUUUUGUCUCGGCAUCAAGUCCAUUGUCGCCUCAAGUACUGCUUGGGCGGCAUUGAAAGAUAGUCGGGCGGCAAGGUGUAGUAUGGGUACCAUGUAUUAUCACCGAUUCUAUCAAAGCCACAAUCUACAGGAGACCAUUGGCGAAAUUCAAAAACAGAAAAUUGCCGUGUAUGGGGUGGAAAUUGGUGACAAUGCAGUUCCAGUAGCACCGCAUGGUCCGAGCAAUAAUUGGGCAGCCGUCAUGGGCAAUGAAGAUGCCGGCUUGAACCCUGAUAUUGCCAAGAUAUGUGACAAGAUUGUAUUUGUCCCCCAAGCACACGGUGAUUCCUUGAAUGUGGGGCAUGCGGCUGCCAUUACCUUGUUUGAACUGGGCCGUGAAGGUCCAAAGAUGGAACAUGAUGGUAAAGCGGCAUGUACCUGA